UGGGGUCGCUGUCACUAGGGAGGGACCCAGGCAUCUCGGUAGGGUACAAGGAUGUGGUUAUGGGGUCACGAGGAUGUGCUUAUGGGGUCGCUGUCACUAGGGAGGGACCCAGGCAUCUCGGUAGGGUACAAGGAUGUGGUUAUGGGGUCACGAGGAUGUGCUUAUGGGGUCGCUGUCACUAGGGAGGGACCCAGGCAUCCGGGUAGGGGACAAGGAUGUGGUUAUGGGGUCAGGAGGAUGUGGUUAUGGAGACACUGUCAUUAGGAAGAGACUCGGGCAUCCAGACAAGGACAAGGUUAUGGGGUCACUGUCACUGGGAGGGGACCCGAGUGUCCCAGCAGGGACGAGGCCACCAGGACCCCAAGUGUCCAGGGGGGGGAGCCUCGUCACUGCCCUGAGGUGCCACGAGUGGCCUCGGGCCUCAGCCCACAGCAAGGCGGGGGAAUGGAAGGGGGUGGGAAGCGGUUUUGGGGCCGAACGGUGGUUUUGGGGCCGUCCGGUGCUGCUUCCGCUCUGCCACCGGUGCCGUGGUGCCACUGCGUCCCCGUCACUUGUCAUGGGGUACCCCCACCUCGCCGCCUGCCUCUGGGCACUGUGCUGCCUCCUGAGCCUCCUCCAUGCCGCUGCCGGCGCAGCAUCCGCCUUGCAGUGUGACACCCAGUCCUGCUCCGCCAGCAGCUGCUGCCUGGGGCUCCCUACGAGUAGUAGGCAGCAGCGGGGGGGGCACUGGGUCUGCGGGUGCCCCCACAGCAUGGUCCGCACCAUCCAAAACUCCUCCGUCGUCGUCUGCCAAGAGGCCUGCAACGUCACCACCCUGGGGAUGAUCAGGGAACUCUGCAAGGAGAAGAAGAGCUCCCCGUUGUGCUCCCAGCUGUUGGACACCACCAAGAACCUGAAGGAAACCUGUGACAACACCACAAAGGAAGGGCUGCAGGCCAUGCUGAGCCAGCUGCAGAACGUGGCGAGGAAGGAGCAGUGCAAACAGCACGGAGCCAUCGCCGCCACGCUGCUGAUGGAGAGCACGGAAGCCAUCGUGCUGCAGGCACGCCACAGAGACAUUCUGGAGCUGAACACCACCAUCAUGCAGGCCAAGACAGAGGUGGUGAAUAAUACGUGCAUAACUUCGGGGUGGGAACUGGAGCUGAACGUGGACGAGGAGAAGCUGAACAUCAACUGCAGCAUGUUGCCAAAAAACACGGACGCGGUGGCCUUCAUCGUCUACAACAGGUUGGAGGACUUGCUGAAUAGCAUCACGGAGCCAUCCUCGGGGAAGCUCAACUCCAAGGUAGUCGGCGGCACCGUGGGGAAAGCCAACAUCACCUUCCCUGCCACCUUCAAUAUCACCCUGCAGCACACAGAGACACUGAAGGAGGGCGAGAAGCUGCUCUGCGUGUCCUGGAAGCUGAACGGCUCCAAGGGGCAGUGGACUCCGGAGGGCUGCCAACGCGUAGGCGGGGACAACUCGAGCUCCAUCUGUGCCUGCAACCACUUCUCCACCUUUGCCAUGUUAAUGAACGUAAACAACAAGAGGCAAAAUAACUAUGUGCUGGACAUGGUGACCUACGUGGGGCUGUCGGUGUCACUGCUCUGCCUCUUCCUCACCAUUGUCACCUUCAUCCUGUGCCGCUCGCUCUGGAGCGUCAGCAUCUCCCUCCACCUGCAGCUCAGCAUCUGCCUCUUCAUCGCUGACUUCCUCCUCCUCGUGGCCGAGUGCCUCACCACCAAGGAGCUGGCGUGCAAGAUCAUAGCCGGCUUCCUCCACUACUUCUUCCUCGCCUCCUUCGCCUGGAUGUUCCUGGAGGGUUUGCACCUCUUCCUCACCGUCAGGAACCUGCGCGUCCUCAACUACAUCAACGCCAACCGCUUCAAGCGCAGAUACAUCUAUCCCGUGGGCUACGGCCUACCAGCCAUCGUGGUGGCCACCUCCGUCGCCAUCCACCCCAAAGGCUACGGCACCAAGCAGCACUGCUGGCUGAACACAGAGGGAGGCUUCAUUUGGAGUUUCGUCGGCCCCGUCUGCGUCAUCAUCCUGAUUAAUCUGACGUUUUUUCUCAUCACCCUCUGGACGCUGCAGAAACGACUCUCCUCCCUCAAUGCCGACGUCACGGCCAUAAAAAACACCCGGCUGAUGAUGUUCAAGGCGCUGGCACACGUCUGCAUCCUGGGCUGCACGUGGGGUGUGGGCUUGCUGCAGGCACCGGAGAGGGUGGUGGUGGACUUCGUCUUCACCAUCAUCAACAGCCUCCAAGGAGCCUUCAUCUUCCUCGUGCACUGCGUCCUCAACCGGCAGGUGAUGGAGCACUACCGGCACUGGUUUCGGGUGCUGGGGCGGUCGCCGAAGCCCCAGGAGAUGGCCACCACCGAGAUGCAGAUCACCUACGUCACGGAAGGGGAAAGAUCACAGAGCCACAGCGCCGAGGGCUGCGCGUGGGAGAAGUGAUGGUGGGGACGCACCGGACCAGCUCGUAACCAGCAUUUUUCAGCACAUCCGGCCCAUUUUUACCAGAUUCCUGAUCAUCUCACCCAUUUCCAGUGUGUUUUUUUCCCUCUGAACAGUGUUUUUGGGAGUUUCCCCCCCAAAUCCAAUUUUCAGCACUUUCCCCAAGAAAUUAGACCUUUUUAGCAUCUUCUCCCCAAUUCUCAGCACUUUCUCUCAAGAAACAAGCCAUUUUUAGCAUUUUUCUCCCCAAUUUUCAAGAUUCUCUCCCAA